AUGAGUGCUUCCAGCACAGAGCGCGGUGUGCGCAUCGCCAUUGAUCGCGGAGGAACCUUCACAGAUUGUGUUGGUGAGCAAAAUGGCGAAGAAAUCAUCAUCAAGCUUCUUUCUGAAGAUCCAGCAAAUUACAAGGACGCUCCGUUAGAAGGCAUUCGUCGUAUAAUGAGCCAUUUUCUCAAGCGAGAUAUUCCCCGCGGAGAGCCAUUGGAUACAUCGAAGAUCGACUCUAUUCGUAUGGGAACCACAGUCGCCACGAAUGCCUUGUUAGAAAGGAAGGGUGAGAAAAUCGCCAUGGUAGUUACCAGGGGGUUCAAAGAUUGCCUUGUUAUCGGCAACCAGUCGAGGCCCAAGAUCUUCGAUCUCGCAAUCAAGAAGCCCGACGUACUUUACGAAAAGGUUGUUGAAGUUGACGAGCGUGUGACUUUGGAAGAUUACGCGGAGGACCCGGAGCGCAGAGUCACCGAAGCGGAAGCUCAAGUUGGAACUGACGAGGCAAAAGGGAAGACCCUCGUCCGAGGUACAUCGGGAGAGACUGUUCGUAUCAUGAAAAGACCAGAGGACAGUCACAUCCGGCAGAAGCUACAGGAAGUGUACGACGAGGGCAUCAGAAGUAUCGCCGUGUGCUUGAUGCAUGGUUAUACCUUUCCCGACCAUGAAGCCCAAAUUGGGCGCAUCGCCCAGGAUAUUGGAUUCAAACAUAUUUCGCUGAGUCAUGAGUUGAUGCCCAUGGUGAAGCUCGUUUCUAGAGCCACUUCUGUUUGUGCCGAUGCCUAUCUGACGCCAGCAAUCAGACGAUAUAUCGAUGGCUUCCAAGACGGCUUCAAAGGUGGACUGGGAACACAAAGUGUCAGGGAAGAAAAGGGAUCUAGGGGUGCUAGAUGCGAGUUCAUGCAGUCGGACGGCGGUCUAGUUGAUGUCGAUAAGUUUACUGGUUUGAAAGCAAUCCUGUCAGGACCAGCCGGCGGAGUUGUUGGCUAUGCUAUAACAUCAUAUGAUGAAGAUACCAGGACACCCGUUAUCGGUUUUGACAUGGGAGGUACCAGCACGGAUGUUUCUCGUUACGGGGAAGGUCGAUAUGAGCAUGUGUUUGAGACAACCACAGCCGGCGUGACCAUCCAAUCACCCCAACUUGACAUUAACACCGUUGCAGCUGGUGGCGGCUCACGACUAUUUUUCCGCAAUGGGCUUUUUGUGGUUGGCCCAGAGUCUGCUGGCGCGCACCCUGGUCCAGCUUGUUAUCGCAAAGGCGGCCCUGCUACUGUGACAGAUGCCAACUUGCAUCUCGGGCGUCUGUUGCCAGAGUUCUUUCCAAAGAUUUUUGGCAAAAAUGAGGACGAGGGAUUGGAUCCAGAGGCAAGCAGAAAGGUCCUACAAGAGUUGGCGGAUCAAGUGAACCGGGAAACCGGGAAACAGUUAACCACAGACGAGGUGGCCUACGGAUUUUUGACAGUCGCAAACGAGACUAUGACAAGACCAAUUCGAUCCAUCACGGAAGCCAAAGGCCACGACUCGUCCAAGCACCGGCUUGCAACAUUUGGAGGCGCCGGUGGCCAGCAUGCCGUGGCUAUCGCCGAUUCCUUGGGUAUUAGCCAAAUUCUCGUCCAUCGCUAUUCUUCGGUCUUGUCAGCCUACGGCAUGGCUCUUGCGGAUGUGGUUGACGAGCGUCAAGAGCCUGAUUCCGCCGUUUGGCAAGAUGAUGGCCAAGUCGUUAAAGAGCUGCAAGCCAAGAUGGAAAAGCUCAAGGAGAAGUCCCUGGCUGCUCUCAAAGAUCAAGGGUUUGAUGAUAAGGAGAUUGUCUUCGAAGAAUAUCUCAAUAUGCGAUAUCGCGGUACUGAAUCUGCCCUGAUGAUUGUCAAACCCAGCGCUGAAGAAGCCAAAGAGCAUUUUGGUGAUAAGGAUUGGCAGUUUGGCCAGGCAUUUGUCAGGCACCAUAGGUACGAAUUCGGCUUUACUUUGGACGACAGGGACAUUAUCAUCGAUGAUGUUCGUGUCCGAGGUAUUGGAAAGAGUUUCCGCCACCAAGAGAAGACUGUUGACCAGCAGUUGAAGACGAUCAAGCGCCGGAAUGUGGCAGAGGAUAAAAGGCACAGCACGCAGGAGGUGUACUUUGAAGGCGGGCGAAAGAAGACUCCAAUUUAUAAGCUGGAGGACUUGGAUGUUGGAGAUGUUGUCAAUGGGCCAGCAAUGUUGGCAGAUGGCACACAGACUAUUGUCGUGCCGCCGAAAACGAAUGCUCUUGUCACAGAAACUCAUGUCAUCUUGGACAAUGAGAAGGAGGGCGGUAAAGAAGAAGGAUAUCACCAACAUAACACCGAUCGUGAAGUCGACCCCAUCAUGCUGAGUAUUUUUGGGCACAGAUUCAUGGCCAUUGCCGAGCAAAUGGGCCGAGCUCUGCAAAAGACCAGUGUUAGCACCAAUGUCAAGGAGCGUCUCGACUUCUCCUGCGCCAUCUUCGACGCAACAGGUGGACUUGUGGCCAACGCGCCUCAUCUGCCAGUCCAUCUCGGUUCCAUGUCAACUUGUGUUCGUCGACAAGCUGAAAUCUGGAAAGGUAGACUGGAAAAGGGAGACGUAAUCAUCUCCAAUCACCCUUCGUAUGGUGGGACUCACCUACCGGACGUGACCCUCAUCAUGCCGGCCUUUGACGAAGCCGGUAAAAAUAUCCUCUUUUACGCGGCUUCCCGUGCCCACCAUGCCGAUAUUGGUGGCAUCACAGCGGGCAGUAUGCCCCCUCACUCUCGCGAAUUAUACCAGGAAGGCGCCGCUAUUAUUAGCGAAAAGCUCGUCAGCGGGGGGAAAUUUGACGAGAAGAGAGUCAUUGAACUCUUCUACGACGAACCUGCCCAGCACCCCGGCUGCAGCGGCACUCGCACCCUCGCCGACAACAUCAACGACCUACGGGCCCAAGUAUCCGCCAACCAGAAGGGUAUUUCCCUCAUUGAGGGCCUCAUCAAAGAAUAUGGUGAGCCCACUGUGCAAUUCUACAUGGUCAACAUUCAAAAGAACGCUGAGCUGUGCGUCCGCAACCUCCUCAAGGACGUCCACAAACGAUUCCAGGGCAAAAAUCUCGAAGCAGUAGACUACAUGGAUGAAGGAAGUCCAAUCAAGCUCAAAAUCACAAUCGAUCCAGAACAAGGCAGUGCCGACUUUGACUUUGCGGGCACAGGGCCACAAGUAUACGGUAACGUCAAUGCUCCCCAAGCAAUCACCUACAGCGCCAUCAUCUACUGCCUCCGGUGCCUUAUAUCAGAAGACAUCCCCUUGAACCAAGGCUGUUUACGCCCCAUCAAUGUCAAGAUCCCACCAAAGUCAAUUCUCUCACCGGCCCCUGGUGCCGCUGUGGUAGGAGGCAAUGUUCUCACCAGCCAGCGCAUUACGGAUGUAAUCUUCAAAGCAUUCGAGGCCUGCGCUGCUAGUCAAGGGUGUUGCAACAACCUCACCUUUGGAUUUGGCGGCAACCUUUCGGGAUCAAAGGCCAUCAAAGGUUUCGGAUACUACGAGACGAUUGCUGGUGGAAGCGGCGCCGGUCCUGACUGGGUGGGCACGUCUGGCGUACACGUUCACAUGACGAAUACUCGUAUUACAGACUCGGAGAUUUUCGAGCGCAGAUACCCCGUUUUGCUGCGAGAGUUUUCAAUUCGCAAGGGCUCAGGGGGUAACGGGCAGCACCGCGGUGGCGACGGCGUAAUUCGAGACAUUGAGUUCCGGAUCCCCUUGCAGGUAUCCAUUCUCAGCGAACGGCGUGUGUACCAUCCAUAUGGUCUAAAUGGAGGAGAAGACGGAGAAUGCGGACUAAACUUGUGGGUGCGAAACGUCGAAAAGACAAACUGGGAGAAGUCGCUUAAGCAGUUCCGGGAACCGCACGCCGCCAAGGACCCGACGGACGAGGUUGAACUUGAGGAGCGUUUCAUAAACAUGGGUGCCAAGAAUAGUGCAGCCAUGGCAGCUGGCGAUCGGAUUAUCGUGUGCACACCCGGCGGUGGAGGUUGGGGAGCGCCUGGAAACAAGAGUCUCGUCAAGGAGCGCGCGGAUCAUACUGAGAGUUGGAAGAAGGGUAGCAGUGCUGCGAGAGAGGAUACGGCUUUACAGGCAUAA